AUGGUGGGACACACGGCACAACAGUACGUCGAGAACCACGAGAAUGCAGACCGCGUCUCGCUCGUCUCAGAUGGACCUGCUACGGUCUCUGAUAACUUUGCGUUCGCUUUCGAUAUCGAUGGGGUUCUAUUGAGAGGAGGACAGCCUAUUCCGGAGGCCAUUGAUGCGUUGAGAUACAUCAACGGGGAGAACCCGUAUUCGAUCAAGGUACCGUAUAUCUUCGUGACCAAUGGCGGUGGCAAGACCGAACAAGAACGAUGCCUCGAUCUCAGCAAACAACUACAAUUGGAUAUCUCCCCUGGCCAGUUCAUCUGUGGCCACACCCCAAUGCGUGAGAUGGCCGAUAAAUACCACACUGUGCUGGUUGUCGGUGGCGAGGGAGAAAAAUGUCGAAUUGUUGCAGAAGGAUACGGGUUCAAGGACGUGAUCACCCCCGGGGAUAUCAUCAAGACUAAGGACGACACUACACCAUUUCGCCGGUUAACCGAUGACGAGUACAAAAACUCGCGGUUUCGAGACCUGAAAAACACUCAGAUCGAAGCUGUUUUCGUCUUCGCUGAUAGCCGGGAUUGGGCUGGUGACCAGCAGAUCAUCCUUGACUGUCUGAUGAGUGUAAAUGGUCACCUAGGCACUCGCUCGCAAACCGGCAAUGAAGGACCCCCUGUUUUCUUCUCCCACACCGAUGUUGUCUGGGCUACCUCACACGAACACUGCCGUCUUGGAAUGGGUGCCCUGCGCGCAUCCCUCGAGGCCGUCUACAAGGCCAUCACGGGACGAAAAUUGUCGACCAUUGCGUUUGGAAAACCGCAGCUCGGUACGUACCACUUCGCCAUGCGUCUGCUGCAGCAGUGGCGGAAGGAUAACCACGAAAUCAACAAGCCCCCGCGCACCGUUUACUUCGUCGGGGAUACCCCCGAGUCGGAUGUGCGUGGUACCAACGAGUUCAACGACGUUAGCGAAGCCGAGUGGAUGUCGCUUCUUGUGAAGACGGGUGUCUUCCAGGAUGGUGCUACACCCCGGUAUCAGCCUGGUCAUACUUGCGAGAAUGUUCUCGAGGCGGUUAAAUAUGCCGUUGAGCGGGAGCAGGCUAGGGGCAAGGGCGAGGUUGACGAUGUGGACUCUGGGAUUGAUUCGGAGUCUGCUUGUCUUCGCAACUGA